AGAUCUACUUGAGUGGCGGAGGCGAGUGAGUUAAGCGGCCAAUAUGGCAGCCACUAAUGUUUGUGUUAAUGACACAGUGAAUGGAUUGAAAGUGACAGUGCAGUGCUGAGUUUCUCUGUUUACUCUUGUGUUUUAUGUACUGUGGAUGUGUAUAUACAAAUCAUAAAUGAAAAUAUACAGUAAUUUUAUAUGUGCGCGCGUGACACGACUUGUAUUGGUCGAAACAGCGUGAGAAAUCAACUGUUGAUUCGAGUUGUGCAUUGUCAAGCAUAAUCUUUUAAUUAAUGCAAAGUUUUCUAUGACUGCCAAGACAUUAUCUGGAUUUUCAUUAAGGAAUGAGACUUCAGAAUGGAUGAGAGGCUGGAGUCGAUAGUGGAGGGCAAUGACUCCAACGACUCCAGUAAUUUACGUACAGUGGUCAUCCAUCGAGGAGAGCGGGGCUAUGGAGUUACUGUCUCUGGGGAAAGUCCAGUCAUUGUCCAGGAUGUCAAAGAUGGUGGACCAGCAGCCCAAGCAGGAGUUAAGAAGGGUGACUCUAUCAUCAAAGUUAAUGGAACAAUAGUGUCACAAGUCAACCAUAAAGAAGUGGUGCAGAUCAUUAAGUCAACUCCAUUUGUGAAACUGACAUUGCAAAGUUGUCCUGAAGGUGACACCACAAAUCUAGCAUCACCCCAGGAUCCUGCUCACCGACCACUUCCCCCUACACCAACGCAAUCUAAGUCAAACGAUCGUAUAACUGCACCAUUGCCUGUAAAUACACAGUUACAAAAUCAGAUGGACGUAAACAAAGGAAAAAUGUUGACUAAGUACUUGGAAAAGCAGUGGAGAGUAAGAGAUCAUAUUAUGGUAGAGCUUCAGAGAGGUCCCUCUAAGGCUUUGCAGAGAAGCCUUGAGAAGGAGUUGGAUUCUAUUAAUCGUCAAAUAUCGAAAAUACAGGAAGAACUCAAGAACAUGAAAGACGUUGAAGCUCAAUUUCACUCGCACCCUCGCUCCUCCCCACGCUCUCCCCCUCUUUCUCGUCCAUCAUUUUCCCUCCCACAUUCCCACUCCCAGCACUCACAUACACGUUCAGUCUCUGAAAUUCCCCCUCCACUCCCAGCACGUAACCGCUCCCUAGUCACUCAGAUAUCAGCCCCUUCAUUAACUUCCUUGACCCCUGCUCCUCCUCUUCCCCCUCGACAUAUGCAGCUGGAGAGAUUUGGGGAGGGAGGCCUAGCACAAAGUCUAGAGAACAUUCAUAAGGUGCAGUCUCUCAGUCAUUCUACGAGUUCUGUUUCGGAACCUGGGAGUCGUCCUCCAUCUCAUUACAGAGCUAAGUCAAGUCCUGAUCCUCUUGGUCUUCAUACCAGUACUGGUUAUGCAAGUGGGAGUGACACACUCACAGAUCUUAAUAUGUCAGGGCCCAGUGGAAAUCGUGGCAAAGCAUCAUCUCUUUGUAAUGAAGAUAUUUCAGUUUUGGAACCCCCAGGAACUCCUCCUCCACCUUAUGCAUCUGGUUCAUCAACUUAUGUUUACCCAUCUGAUGAGGUGGAUGAGAAUUACUCAACUAUAGUGGAUGAUUGUGAUGGUGGGGGAGAAUUUACACCUUCAGCUCCCCCUGUCCCUCCCCCCCAUGGCCUCCCUUUGCCGAGCCGACCAACCUUACCAGGCCUGCCACCCAAACCAGGUUCACAUCAUGCAAGUCCUUUUACUUCACAAGUUACAAGCCCUUCCAGCCCAAAUGGACAGGUACAGCAGCAGCUGACCGUGGUACGGCAGGAGCUGAUGGUGGUGCAGCAACAGCUGACGGUGGUGCAGCAGCAGCUGACUGUGGUACAGCAGAAGCAGCAGCUGACUGUGGUACAGCAGAAACAGCAGCUGACCAUGGUACAACAGCAGCUGACCAUGGUACAGCAGCACCUGACAGUGGUGCAGCAACAGCUGACCGUGAUACAACAGCAGCUGAUCAUGCUUGAAGAUCACGGUCCAUUCCAGUCUCUGAGCAAACUCUUUAACCAUAAUGCUUAUCUUGCGGUCUUUAUGAAUUACGUCAUCUCCAACUGUGACUCAUCCAGUUUGUUUUUUUAUUUAAUAACGCACCUUUACAAAGAAGGAGUUGGGAAGGAAAUGAAGAGAUGGGCUUAUGAAAUUACUUCUAGUUUUUUAUUACCUGGUGCACCUCUUCACCUUAGUAAUGUUGAAGAAAAUGUUUUACACGAAAUAGAUGAAACCUUGCAGAAUGAAUUAGACAAAGAAGAAAUUCUUCGGAAGGUAUUUUGGAAAGCCCGUCAACGUUGCCGGGAAGAUUUAAAUGAGCAGCUAGCCGACUUUCGCAACAAACGAAGUGCUGGCUUGGGGUCCAUAUUUGGGCCCCCAGAUCAUGCCUUGGAGGAGAGUAUGCACAAUAAAACCAAAGAAUUACAGAUUGUGGAGAAUCUGCUUGUGCCUUGUCUCGAGAGUGUUUCGGAUGACCUGAAGAAUGCCACAGACCAAAUGAUUGUAACAGCCUCUAGUCUAGCCACCAUCCUGUUGAAAUACUAUGGGGUGAGAAGUCAACAAGCUCAUCAACUCAUCGAUAGGUGUCCACUCUUUGUUAGUAAAGAACGACCGUUGAGAAGUAAAAUCUUCCGGGGCAGUAAAAAGCAAGUGUAUAGAGACCAUCACUUCAAUCAGCACACAUAUUACAGUGUUACGUACUGCAAUCAUUGUGGUCUCAUUAUCUGGGGUAUUGCUCCACAAGGUUACCAGUGUACGAAUUGUGAAAUGAAUAUUCACAAGUCAUGUGCCAAACAAGUAGAGGAAGUAUGUAUAGGACAGUUACAUAAAAAAGACAGAAGUAGAGAUACUAGAUUUAGUUCUAUUCUUGGCAAGAUCAUGGCAGACGAUAAAGACAAUAAAAGAAAAGUGUCUCAAGUUUGUGCUGCACAGAAUAGUACAUUCUAUAUCUCGCCGACCAUUGCCCCUGCAGGAACAUUAGUUGAAAGGGCUCGAAAAGGGCUCGAGGAAGGUAACAGCGACAUUCUUGGGCUGGUAUCCGAAACAGACAGCAUAACAGGUAAGCCUGAGUGUCAGGAGCGAGUGGAGUUGCUGAGCAAGGUAAGUGUGGAGACUAAGUUAUUAACAGACCAGUGUUGCACUCUACACACUGCAGCAGACGUAUGUAUACUUUAACCUUGUACUUAUCAU